AUGGAUGCUAAAGACUUGAGGACCGAGUCUGGUGUGAGUGAACGCAAUAAUGACGGCAGCAAGUACAGUCAAAGCAGCGGUAUCGCGCUCCACUGUGACAGAAAUAAGUCGUAUCAAGAUAUCGGAUCUAACUCAUUGGGUAAAGUGGAGGUACAGAACGCGCGGCCAUGCGCCGUCAUCGGUCCCGACCGAGUCGUGCCUCCGCCAGCCGUCAGCGACGCGUAUCACAUAAAGAAAGGUCCUGCCGAGCCAUGGCCAUGCAUGGACAACACAUACCGACGUCUACCCGAAUACCCCCAUAAGUUAACCAGUUUCCAGAAUCCAACAAGAAACAUAUCACCAAGACAAACAUUCCAAGAAAACAUGCAGCGUAUUAUGGUGCCACCCACAUACAACUCAAUCAAAAUAAAUGAUGACACCAACUAUGCUCAAAUAUCAGAUAGAAACAACAGUGUACCUAAGAAUAUCAAGUUAAAUAUGCCGCCCGAGGCAAAGUUCUGUGAUGUGCCUUAUGCUGUUAAUCCUACUAAUAAUGAACUUAAAAAUGUUAGGAACUCUGAAAUGUGUUUACCUAGUGUGAAUCCCACUGUGACACGGACUGCUCCUCAUGGAUGGCCUACAGGCAGUGUUAAUUUACGAUCCACGAGGAUGUAUAGUGCUCCUGAACUGUACCAAUAUCAAGAGUACCCCAGCUGUGCUGGCCCUCGACCAGUAGUGCCCAGACCUCAUAGAACUGUUCCAGAAGAACAGGGCUAUGUGUAUGCUGACCCUUACUAUCAAGAAGGAAACAUUCGCUUCAAGCCUUAUCCAAGUGUGAAAGAAAGAUAUCCCCAGCAAAGGUAUGAGUACAUUGGUAAUUAUUCUAAUCCAUUCCAUCCACCACCUGGUUUUCCAGCUCAUAAAUAUGAGUUACAGAAGUCUAUAGCACCACAUCCCUAUCCUCCAUAUCCUCCAAUCAAGUAUUUGGAUAGCCGAGUAGCGGAACCUCAUGUCAUGGAAGGAUAUCAAAGAACUCCCCAAGAUUCUAAUACUAGUAAUGAUACAACCCAAACUCUUGGGACCUCUCAAGAAGACUGUGGUUAUGUGAGUCAAUCAUCUACAGCAAGUGUUAGAAGUAUUGAUUCUGGCGUCAACAGAAUACCAAAUGAAUACCUUAGGAAAUAUUAUGAUAAUAGGUAUGGACCUAUUGUCAGAACCUCGCCUAUGAUGUCAAAGUCGCAAUUAAAUUCUAAUAAUAAUAUGUCUAAAGACAAAAAACAAAUAGAUGUUAGACAGUUCCUGCAAAUGUGGAAUGAAGGAGAUGAGGAGCAAGAAGAAAAUGGCUCUAAAGAAAUAAUCAUCCAGACAGGAUCUAGCGAGAAAACCAACUUCAAUAAGACAAAUGAUGGAAUGAAUAACCAAGAACAACUGUAUGUCCUUGGACUAGUAAAUGUUCCAAGCGAAGAACUCGCUAAAUAUGAACAUAUUCAAAAAGUCUCUAAGUUACCUGAGAAUAUCAAAGGAUAUAACAGUAUUGAAUUACUCAAUCAAUUUGAAGAGGUGAUAGAAUCAUCGAAUAUGAGUAACUACAAGACACCAGUCUCCAAAGACUAUCAUAUGGCCAUGAAAGUUCAUCAGAAACAGGUAACAGGAGUGAUACCACCUAGACCUGUUUCACCUUUAGAUGUUGAAGCUAAAAUAAGUCAGUCUGUCAUUCAUAAGGAGGUUGGCUGUAAUUUUGAAAUAAAGCCUUGUAGUCCAAAAAUGCUCAAUGUAGAAGUAGCUGCACCUGUUCAAAAUAUUUUGGCUGAAAGGUCCAUAGAAAAAGUUGCAAAUCCAGUGAUGAAUAAGUCACCUAUGUUGAAUGGAAUUAAUGAAAAUAUUGAUUGUAACUUAAUGAAACGAGGUGAUCAUCGAAUGAAUAUGAAUGAAAACAUAAGAAUUCCCAGCUGCAAAAUGAUUAACAAUACACAAUUUUCAAAUACUAACCCUAUGGACCCUAUUAAAACCAGCUAUAGUUUACAGGACCUAGAAAGUAAUUCAGGCUUAUGUCUAGCUUCACUGCCUCGACUUGAUAAUGACAUUGAAUUGAACUUCCCUGAAGUCAAUCAACAAUUCAUUAAUGCAAAUAAAGGAGAUAAUAAUAUUUUAUCAUCCUCAAUUAGAGAUUUGCCAACAUUAGAGGUAUUAGAUCCACCAGAGAACCAGAUCAAAAACAAAUACGAUCAUACUAAUUCGUCUAGGGCAGAAAUUGAUGCUGCAAAAUCGCCGUGCAUUAUUGAAUCUGAAACAGAAUUUUCUAAAUUGAGUAAAUAUCGUAAAACUAAAAUAAAUUCCUCAGAAGUCAAAGAAAUCCAAAUACAACACAAUAUUAAUGCCAUCAGAACAGAUAGUGUUAUAAUAAAAAAUCCUGAGAAUAUAAAGAAUUACGAAGAUAAUUCAGAUAUUUCAUUAAAUUGUUCAGAUAAAAUCGUGACAGAUGUUCAACAGGCUCCAAUAAAUUUAACUGCUCAAGAAAAUCUUUCAACUAUUGUAAAGGCAUCGGAAAACAUACAUCCCAUUGAAUCAGAAAAAGAAACUCUCCUGCCUACUGAAAUUGCAAUAGAUUUCAGUUUAAAUAAAACAGACAACCUGAAUAAUGAAUCCAUAGAAACUAAAAUGGAUUCACCAGGUAAUUCACCCACACAUGUGGAAGAAAACUAUUUAAACACAUUUAUAAACAGAGAAGCUUCAUCUGAUCCUAUUAGUUUAUUACCUGAAUUUACUGAGCAACAUGAUAACAUCGUGAAAGAGGAUAAAGGCGAUAGAGGGUGUGAUUUAAGCAAGAGGGAAGGAAAUGAUAAUAUACCCAUUACUGAUGACGAAGACAGUAAAAUAAAAGAAGAAACUUUAACUAGGAAUAAUGACCAUAAAAGCCUUGUAAAUUAUUUAGACGAAAAGGAAGAAAAAAGUGCUGUUACGGAGCAUACAAUUACGGAUAAAAAUGAGUCACUGAAUCUACCAGAAACAGAAUUGCCUGAUAGUGUUAAUUUGACUGUUUUAACUAGUGAUCAUAGCACAGAAGAAAUUCAGAACGAUGUCGACACCAUUGAUACUUCUAAUGUAUCGUCAAAAGAAGCAGACUACAUGUUUCCAGAAAUACAUUCAGAGUAUACAGAAAACCUCACAGAAAAGUCAAAUGAAAUUUAUCAACUAAACACUCAAGAUAAUAGUACCGCUAAAAAUGAAAAUGAUGAGAUGAUGGAAAACAGCGAGAAUCAUAAUUUAAUUGAUGAAUUAAGUAAUCCCAUACCUAAUAAAACAGAACUUAAUUUGGACACUUCACAAAAUAAUGAAUUUAAUGAAAUCUCAGAUACUGGAACUUAUCCAGAAAUCAGGGAAAAAACACCUUUUACCUCACCGUUACAUCAAAUUGAUAACAAACAAUGUCAAUUAAAUGAAGAUUUGUGUUGCGAUGACUCUGAAAAUAAAGAACAAACAAAAGAGAUUAUUGCAGGCGAGGUUUCAAAAGAUUAUGACAUAGACACUGAUGAUAAAAUUGAAAAUGACAACCCCUUACAGUUAUUGGACGAAUUUUCAUCAUCAUCAAAUCAAGAGAAAUUAAACAAAACAAAUAAUGAAGAAUUUCUAGAUUCACCAACCUGUAUGAAACAAUCGGAUCUUUAUGACUGUGAUCAGAUUAUUAAUGAAGAUUUAGAACUGCCAAUUCCACGAGCCUUUAGGUAUUUUAACAAAGAAUUGUAUUCGCCCUGGAUCCAAAAAUUACUCACAUUUUCCGAAGGUAAUUGUAACAAUCUAACACCAGAAAAGGACAUCGACUGCUGUGAUGAUUUUUUGUAUGACUCGAUGGAAUCCUUAAAUACUUCAACAGAAACUGUAGUAAAACAAGAUGACUGUGAUUUAGAUAUGUGUAAAUCACCAUUUAAAGAUGACGAACCACUAUUUGAAGGUGAUAAACCAUUAUUUGAAGAUGGCAAACAACCAUUCGAAUAUGGUAAUCUACCUUUUGAAAAUGACAAUCCACCACUGAAAGAUGACAAACCACCAUUCGAAGAUAACAAACCACCAUUUGAAGAUGAGAAACCAUCAUUUGAAAACGACAAAUCACCAUUUGAAAGUGAUAGAUCACCAUUUGAAAGUGAUAAACCACCAUUUGAAUGUGGUAAACCAACAUUCGAAAGUGAUAAACUAUCAUUUGAAAGUGAUAAACCAUCAUUUGAAAGUGAUAAACCACGAUUUGAAGAUGACAAAUCACCAUUUGAAGAUGACACACCAGUGUUGGAAGAUGACAAACCCCCAUUUGAAGAUGACAAACAUGCAUUCGAAGAUGAUAAACCACCAUAUGAAGAUGACAAACCACCAUUUGAAUCUUCAAAUGGUUUAUCAUCUGAUAAACAAGCAUUUGAAGUUAACAAAUCUCCAUUCAAAGAUGACAAACAACCAUUUGAAGAUAAUAAAUCUCCCUUUGAAGAUAACAGACAACCAUUUGAAGAUAAUAAAUCUCCAUUUGAGGAUGACAAACAACAAUUUAAAGAUAAUACAUCUCCAUUUGAAGAUGACAAACAACCAUUUGAAGAAAACAAAUCUCAAUUGGAAGAAAACAAAUCUCCAUUUGAAGAUGAUAUGUCCAAACCUGUAACAGAAGACUUGGACCAAGAGAUUCAUACUGACAUAGAAAUGGAAACAGAUAAUACCAGCGUUAUAAAUUCUCCGGUUUUAGACGACUAUAUCGAUGAAUCAGUGACCAAUCAGGUUGAUUUAAAUAGUCAAAUCGAUUGCGAGGAUAAUUUAAAAAUGGAAGAAAAUUCUGUAGCUGAUGAAGUUGUUACCGAUGAUGAACCAUACCUCAAUGAAGAACUUAACAAAAAUGAUGUAACUGAAUCUUGUAUAGAAUCAGACAUUGAGGAAAAUACACUAACGGACAAAAAUGUAAACGUAAGUUUCGAAAAUCAGUUUAAUAGUGAUGUUGAUAAUCAAUGUGAGGUUGUAUCUGAAGUAAGUGAACUAGACACAUGUAAUGAAGAAGAAGUCGCCUAUGAAUCGAUACCAGAUCAAUGUGAUGAUCAGUAUGAUGAUAGAAAACAGAAUAAAACUUUAGAAACUACUGAUUCUGAAAAUGUUAGGUUUCCUUCUAAUGCAAUUCCGUAUAAAAAGUGCAAUCGACUUAAAAGAUCCUUAUCAGAUUCUGCAUUAAACAUGUACAAUAAUGAAGAACAGUCGAAACAGGAAAAUGAAGAUAAUGUUCAGUUUAUUUGGCCAUUUAAACGUAGAAAGGUUAAUAAUGUAAACAAUGAAUUCCUAGCUCAAAAUUUGUGCAAUAUAAUUCAUAAUAAUAGACGAAAUUCAGUGUCUUCUUUUUAUAAUGAAGAAAAUGUUUCGUUUUGUAUUUUAAUAGAUAAUAGUUGCAUUAUAACUGAAGAAGAAAACGAAGACACAGAGAAAGUUUGUUAUACAGAACUUUCGGAAGAUUGUUUACAAAAUGAGCAAAAUACUGAGAAUUUAACAGAAAAUAUAUCAAGUCCACAACCAGAACACGCUUGUGAUUAUUCAGAUUCAGUUGUAGCAGACUGCGAAGAAGAAAAGACCUUAGAAGAAUCAUGGGUGGAAGAUGUGGGUUGUGAAGAAACGAUUAUCGAUGACGAUGUUGCCGAAGAUAUAGAAAUUUGUGAACCUUCGUCGCCAAAAGACGUUAGUUUGUCUGAUAAUGAAGAAUCGGGUGUUUUUAGUAGCAGCGAGCACACCGAUAAAGUGAAAUCAAUAUAUGGUGAUAAAAUGUGUAGCGAUGAUGCUCUAUUCGUUGAAACUCUGUAUAAUACUCCCCAAAUGGAUGUGAAUAAAACUUUGUAUAGCAGAGAAACUCGUGUUUCUGAAGAGUAUGAUAGAUAUUAUGAUAACUAUUCUUUAGAAAAAAUGCUAUCGGAAUCUAAUGAACCACCAUUGUCGCCUUAUGUUCCACCAUAUAUUGACAAAAUUUUGAACUCUGGCAAAUUGAAUCCUAAAGAUGCGCCAGAAAACAAGAACAACGUAAGUGAAGGAACUUCAUCUCCAUUCCAAAAUAAGAGUAAUGCUUUAGACAUUGUUGUAGAUAUUAACGUUGAUAAUAAUCAACGUGAAAAUCGACAUUCCAUAGAAAUUUUUGCGAAAACUCAAGAAGAUGCCGUGCAUUCUUGCGAAUCCAGUGUUGAUAAUGUAUUUACGUAUAAUCAGAAAGACGAAGAUGCAAUUUAUACGUCUAGUUCACCUGAAGUAUCCUCUACUACUUCGGAAGAGAAAAACUCCAGCAUAUUAUUGAAAAUAACAAACUAUAAAGGUUCUAGAAUAUCACAAAUUAAUGAUAUUAGUAGUGUCAAUAAGAGGUCUAGUUGCAAGUUUACAGAAGAAAAGGAAUAUUUACAUUCUCACGCAAAUUUUUCCUCAAAUCGACCACUUUUGACUAAAGCAGCUCAAAAAUAUAUUCCUCCCUUAAAAGAAUCAAUCCGUGAUCUUAAAGUCAAACUUUCUUUACCUCAACAUAGUCUUAUGAAACUAAAGCAAUUAAAAAUGUCCAAAGAUGAACCAAAGCUGAAUAAACAAAAUGUUUCAACUCCUCGCAUUCCUAAGAAACCAAAGCCUAAAUUUGAAGACGUCCUUAAAAGUAUAGAUGAAAUGCAAUUUAAAAUGCAUAAAGAAAAGACCAAAAAACCAAAAAAAUCUAUUCCUAAAGUAGUUAUUAAGAAAAAUCGAAACGGUUCUCAUUACGCGAGUACUUCAAAUAAAGACGAUUUUAACCCGGAUUUGACAGGUAAAGUUAAGAGAUGCGUUGACUUGCGCCCUGGAUUUAUUUGGGCACACAUAACCUCAGUAGAGUUGAGGCUGGAUAUUUACCAAAAAGACAGUUUGCUGGUACACGUGCAUGUAAUGAUGAGACGCGGCGCGCUGCCUGCGCCCGCCCGCCCGCCUGAUGCCUGCCUGCCUGUCUGGCUGCCGGGCGGCGGCGGGGGUGGCGCGCUGUCUCGCAGACUGAUGACUGAUUACUUCACGUUCACCUAA